UAUUUAGGUUAUCAACAUGACGGCCGAAGAAACAGUGAAUGUAAAGGAGGUUGAAAUCAUUAAGCUAAUUUUAGACUUUUUGAAUUCAAAGAAGCUUCACAUUAGUAUGUUGGCUCUUGAGAAGGAAAGUGGAGUCAUAAAUGGCCUAUUUUCAGACGAUAUGCUGUUCCUGAGGCAACUAAUCCUUGAUGGUCAGUGGGAUGAAGUUCUUCAGUUCAUUCAGCCUCUAGAAUGUAUGGAAAAAUUUGACAAAAAAAGGUUUCGGUAUAUUAUCCUGAAACAGAAGUUUUUAGAAGCUUUAUGUGUUAACAAUGCAAUGUCAGCAGAAGAUGAACCCCAGCAUUUGGAAUUUACCAUGCAAGAAGCUGUGCAAUGUUUGCAUGCCUUAGAAGAGUACUGUCCUUCUAAAGAUGAUUAUAGCAAGCUCUGUUUGCUUUUGACUUUGCCUCGUCUGACCAAUCAUGCUGAAUUUAAGGAUUGGAAUCCCAGCACUGCACGAGUCCACUGUUUUGAAGAGGCUUGUGUCAUGGUUGCAGAAUUCAUCCCUGCUGAUAGGAAGCUAAGUGAGGCUGGUUUUAAAGCAAGUAACAAUCGUUUAUUUCAGCUUGUGAUGAAGGGCCUGCUUUAUGAAUGUUGUGUAGAAUUUUGUCAAAGUAAAGCAACUGGAGAAGAAAUUACAGAAAGUGAAGUACUUCUUGGCAUUGACCUCUUAUGUGGUAAUGGUUGUGAUGAUUUGGAUCUGAGUCUAUUGUCAUGGCUUCAGAACCUUCCAUCUUCUGUCUUCUCUUGUGCUUUUGAACAGAAAAUGCUUAAUAUUCAUGUUGACAAACUUCUGAAGCCCACAAAAGCUGCAUAUGCUGAUCUUUUGACUCCUCUUAUCAGCAAACUUUCUCCCUAUCCAUCGUCUCCCAUGAGAAGGCCCCAGUCAGCAGAUGCAUAUAUGACCCGCUCUCUGAAUCCUGCUCUGGAUGGCCUCACUUGUGGACUAACCAGUCAUGAUAAGAGAAUUUCAGACCUUGGAAACAAAACUUCUCCAAUGUCGCAUUCCUUUGCUAACUUCCAUUAUCCAGGGGUUCAGAAUCUGAGUAGAAGUCUCAUGCUUGAGAAUACAGAAUGUCACAGUAUUUAUGAAGAAUCCCCUGAACGAAGUGAUACACCUGUUGAGACACAGAGGCCUAUUAGUGAAGUCCAGGGCCAGAGUUCAGUUUCAGAAAAAGAGCCUGCAAAUGGAGCCCAGGAUCCAGGACCCGCUAAGCAAGAAAAAAAUGAGCUUCGAGACUCAACAGAACAAUUUCAAGAAUAUUAUCGGCAAAGAUUACGCUUUCAACAACACUUAGAGCAGAAGGAGCAACAGCGGCAGAUGUACCAACAGAUGCUGCUCGAAGGCGGUGUCAGUCAGGAAGAUGGUCCUGAUCAGCAGCAGAAUCUUACUGAGCAAUUCCUUAAUAGAAUGUCAUUCUAUUUCUGUUCAUGCAGCUCAUCCGAACAUUCUGUCAUUAAGCCACCUUUUGGAGAUUCUUCAGGGAUUCUAUCAAGGUCCAGAGGGGAAGAGGAUGACAAGUCAAAAAAACAAUUUGUUUGUAUUAAUACUCUGGAAGACACACAAGCUGUUAGAGCAGUGGCUUUCCAUCCAGGUGGUGGUUUAUAUGCUGUUGGCUCAAAUUCAAAAACUCUGAGAGUAUGUGCCUAUCCGGAAGUUAUUGAUCCAAGUGCACAUGACAUCCCUAAGCAACCAGUGGUGCGUUUUAAAAGGAAUAAACACCAUAAAGGAUCCAUUUACUGCGUGGCCUGGAGUCCUUGUGGGCAGUUACUAGCAACAGGAUCAAAUGACAAAUACGUCAAAGUGUUGCCCUUCAAUGCAGAGACCUGUAACGCCACAGGACCGGAUCUGGAAUUUAGCAUGCAUGAUGGGACAAUUAGAGACUUGGCAUUCAUGGAAGGCCCGGAAAGUGGUGGAGCUAUUUUAAUAAGUGCUGGAGCAGGGGACUGUAACAUUUAUACAACUGACUGUCAGCGAGGACAGGGCCUCCAUGCUCUGAGCGGGCACACCGGACAUAUUUUAGCACUUUAUACCUGGAGUGGCUGGAUGAUUGCAUCUGGGUCUCAAGAUAAGACCGUUAGAUUCUGGGACCUUCGAGUACCAAGUUGUGUUCGUGUUGUUGGUACAACCUUCCAUGGAACUGGCAGUGCAGUGGCAUCUGUAGCUGUAGACCCCAGUGGCCGUCUUUUAGCCACAGGACAAGAAGAUUCUAGCUGCAUGCUGUAUGAUAUAAGAGGAGGGCGAAUGGUGCAGAGCUACCACCCUCACUCCAGUGAUGUUCGCUCUGUUCGGUUCUCCCCUGGAGCUCACUACUUACUAACAGGAUCCUAUGACAUGAAAAUCAAGGUGACAAACCUACAAGGAGACCUCACUAAGCAGCUUCCCAUCAUGGUGGUGGGGGAGCACAAGGACAAAGUGAUUCAGUGCCGGUGGCACACCCAGGACCUGUCCUUCCUGUCAUCCUCCGCAGACAGAACUGUAACCCUCUGGACUUACAGUGGCUAGAGUGCACCCAGUGUCUCCAUGCAGUGAAAGCACAGAGACUUAAAGACUGCUGGGUUAUGGAAGUCACAGAUUUGAAGAACAUAGACCGACCAAGGAAGUGGCUUAGCAGGAGGCGGCCCCUCUUCCCAUGUUCCCUUUGAUAGGAGGUGUUGGGUGCUGGUGUUCUGCGUGCUUUCAGUCUUCCCUGUGAGCUCGUGCUGCUGUGACCUGCUAUGUGUAGUCUUGUUGCCAAAGUCCACAGAAGAGCUCGUAUAUUGUCAAUGUGCACUCCAAGGUCAAGGUGGACGAUGUGUUUACGGUUUAGUAUUAAAUGCAUUCCUUGGUCUUUGCCUAAAUAACAGUUUUGUAUACACAUUGAACUUUGAACUCUAAGCAUAUUAUUACAAUGUAAUGCAGCCAAGUUCUACACAAAUUAGACAUAGGUGUUCAGAAAUGACUUUUGCUUUUCUCACAAUCCCAUGAUAUUGUACCAUUUGUCAGCUAGAGGUCAGAAUUUUAUAUAUCUCAAAAGUUAUAUGGUUUUUACUACGGAUCAUUAUGGAGUUAAAGAUGAAAGGAAAACUGCUUCUUAGUUCAUCAUGUGAUACAGGCCUUUUUUCCAAAAACCAGGGAUAUAAUUAUUAUUUUGUUCAUUUUUUUGUUUGUUUCAGGGUUAAAAGGUAAAUGCAUUUGCUUCAGAAAUUCGCUAAUUUCAGUUUUUUGAAUGCAACAAGAUACCUCCCUCCUAAACUGUACUGUAGUGGCAGAGCGGCAGCCUUGUGAUGUGAUGCAACACUUGAUGGUACAGUGAACUUCCUGGCUAGCAUUUCUCCUCUUACAAUGAAAAAUUUUACCAUAGACUGUAGCAUGGCUUGAAAUGCUAUGUCUGCAUGAUAAUUAAAAAUGAAAAAUUUAAACUUUGCACUCCAAAAGCUUAUUUGGAUUUUUUUUUGCACUGUUUUAUGUAAUGCAGAAUAAUUUUAUUUCUACGGCAUUGUAGAUCCUAACAUUUAUGUAUCUUAUUUUCAUAUUGUACAGUAAUUUUACUUUAAGUUAUUAAAUAGGCUAUUUUAUUUAUUUCAAAUGCAGUUGAGUUGGUUUCUAAUUUUUGAACUGUCUGUGCACUGUAUGUAGCAAGCAUUUUUAACCUAUUGUAUACAAGUGGAAAGGGUAUUAGAAGUGUAACUGUGCUGUUAUUUCAAUAAAGACCUCUUGA